AUGGCGGAGGAACUAGCAGAUGCGAUAAAAAAGUUCGCCCUCUCAGAUAAAGAACUGGAAGGUACUGACCUUGGAGGUGAAGAGAUAGAUAGAGGUAUUCAAGAAUGUCAGUCAAGUUUAGUGGGGAGAAUUAAAGGGGAGAAAGUGGUGAACUUUGUUGGAGUUAAGAAUUUUGUGAACUCAGCCUGGGGGUAUCCAAGGAAUCUGAGGAUCAUAGAGUUGGGUCCAAAUAUUUUUCAGUUUUAUGUUCCAAAUAAAGAGGACAGAGAUAGGAUAGUAGGAGGUGGACCGUGGGUCAUGGACAAUCAGAUUCUGGUGAUGAAACACUGGUUUGAAGGUAUAGAGGAAGACUCAUCUGCGUUUGACCUGGCAUCUCUUUGGGUCCAAGUUUGGAAUCUACCAGUACACUGGAUAACAAAAGAAGCAGGAUGGAAAAUUGGUUCUGUAUUUCAGGAAGUAAAGGAUGUUCUGGUGCCUCAAGUUGGAGGGAAGGAAGGUAGACAUCUAAAGCUAUUAGUGGUACUAGAUACUUCCCUACCUCUACUCGGGGGAUCGACAGUUAAAGUUAAUGGAGCUCUUAAAUGGUUGAACUUCAGAUAUGAGAGAUGUCCAGAUUUUUGCUACAAGUGUGGAGUUCUUGGACAUGGAGAAAAGUCAUACAAGGAAGUAAUACAGAUUUGCAGAGGGAAACAGGAACAUCAGUUCGGCCCUUAG